CGGUUCCCUACCACGCUCGCAGACGUUCAGAUGAUACGAGAGAUAUCUUGUCCAACCAUGUUUAUAAUUAGUAUUAAUUCAGUGAUUGCUGUCAAUGAGAUUGUGGAGUACCAAUGUGUUAAAUGAACAGCUAGUUGUAUAUCGAACAUUAUUUCAGUAUUAAACAAAUCGAAAUCCAUACACAAUGGAAUUACACAGUGUCAUAAUUCAAGUAGGCCUCAUAUGUCUGCUAAUAUGCAAAGUAUACUGCAUGAACUGUGAUCGUAUGUCUGUGAACGUCCUAAAACCAAAAAACAUAAAUGAUAUAGAUAGAUACAUGAUAGCGAUACAUGGAAAUCCAAAAAGCUAUGCUCCUGGUCAACGUUACAAUGUAUCCCUAAAACUAAGCGAUGAUUCUCCUGCUUAUAAGAAAUUCAAGUGGUUCAUUUUGACGGCUGAGUUUGAGAGCUCGCAACAAAAUGGACACGCUGGAAAAUUCGACAUUGUAUAUGGUGCAGAUGAGGUAUUGGCUACGUUCAGCAAAUUUUGUCCUAAUACUAUCGUUGAAACCAGUGAGAUACCGAAGACAGAGGUUCAGGUUUAUUGGACAGCCCCACCAAGGGACAGUGGCUGUAUAGUUCUGAAAGCUACAGUUAUAGAAAGCAGAGAAAGCUGGUUCAGUGAACAUGGUAGAUUAACUAGAAGAUUGUGUGAAGAAUCAGAAGAUCAGAAUGUUCAGCCUGAGAGGUUGGAAAAAUGCUGUGCAUGUUCUGAGGCAAAGUAUGAGGUUGCAUUUGAAGGAACCUGGACUAGGAACACCCAUCCCAGGCACUACCCAUCAGAUGUUUGGAGCACAAAAUUCAGCGAUAUCAUAGGUGCAUCCCAUGCGCGGCUGCAUUCAUUUUGGAAAAUUGCCGACUACGCUAGCGAUGGUCUCAAAGAGCUUAUGGAAACUGAAAGCAUCAGAGCUCUUGAAUCAGAGCUGAAAGAAAUGAGCCAACACAUUAGAACUAUCAUAAAGGCAAGAAGUCUUCAGUACCCUAACAUCACCCAAUCAACGUACAGCGUUUUUCGGGUAGACAGCACCAAUCACAGAGUCUCAUUGGUGUCUAAAAUAAUUCCUUCUCCAGAUUGGUUCGUUGGUGUAUCUGACUUCGAACUAUGCAGGAGCAACUGUACUUGGUUAGAAUCAUAUACCUACAACCUCUAUCCAAUUGAUACUGGAACUGACGAUCGAAUAGGAUAUACUAGCCCUGAUCCACCAAAUCCGAACUCGAUACCAAGACCCAUCCUGGAGAUAACGGAGAAUAAUCCCAACGAUCCCAGAUCUCCUUUCUUCAGUGAAGAAGGCGAACGAAUGAACCCCAUUGCCAAACUGCACUUCACCAGACAAAGGCUGUAUGACAAACCAUGUGAGCAUGGAGAGGAUGAAGAUGGGUCAAAAACAACCAACGAGUGUUUAACGACUAAGUGGACACCAUGGACCAGGUGUACGUCCAUUUGUGGACCUGGGAUAUCUGUAAGGACACGAAACUAUACCCAAGAGUCAAGUUUACAGUUUUGCCAGGAAGAAUUGAUACAAAUGAUGGAAUGUGUAGGUGACUGUAACGGUGGCAACCAGGGAUCAGAGCAAGAAGAAGAUGGCUCUAACGCUGUUACAGAGUCGGUAGAAGCCUUCCCAGCAGGAGAUACGCGUUGUGCUCUCGGUAACUGGACAGAUUGGUCUCUAUGCAGUACCACAUGUGGCAACGGAACCAAGACUAGAUUCAGACAGUUCCGUUAUCCUGAAUUCGCACGCAAUUGCGAAGGGCUGGAUGAAUUAGAGUUGUUGCAAAGCGAUGAAUGUAUUGGAGAUGCGUGGGGAGAAUGGUCAGCAUGCAAAGUGGAAGGAAACGAAAAGUGUGGCAAAGGAUAUUCUAGAAGAAUGCGGUUGCCAGUUGAUCCUAGCAGGAGACCUCCAAAAGAGGAGGGAGACGAUGGUGAUGAGGAGAUGAAUGAAGAGGACUGUCCUCCAGAGGAGACCAUGGAAUGCGAGGUGCCGUGUGAGGAAAAGGAAAGAGGAUUGAGUCAGGUGGUGACAGAAUUUACGACAGUAUCAGGAAGAGUAGUCGACUGUAAGGUUAGCAAGUGGUCAAGGUGGAGUACUUGUGAUCUGAAGGGAAAACCAUGUGGACAAGGCACUAAAACCCGACAUAGGGAGAUAUUGAGACAUCCAGAGAACGGAGGAGAGGCUUGCCCCCAGCAUUUGCUCAGACGCUCCCAUUGUAAAGUUCGUUGUAAAGGCACUAAGAAGCACAAGCAUCACAAAUCGGAAGAGUUGCAAAACACUACCGAACCACCAGAAAGUGGAGAAGCUGUUACAGAAGAAAGGCAACCACCAAAGGAAUGCAAGAUGAGCAGUUGGUCUAAGUGGACUCCAUGUAGUAACAAUUGCGGUUCGUCAGCAAUACAGCAAAGAACCAGAAGAAUUCUGUACAAGCCACCAGGAAUCACAUCUUGUGGAAAACGAAUAGAACAAAGGCCCUGCAAUCUGCCGGUAGCUUGUAAUAAUGAUGGAGAACCUGUUAUGUAAACAUCUAGGGCUGGCUACAGGCGGUGAGCAGGUGAGGCAGCGGCUUCAGGGCGCAGUGCCAUGGGGGGCGCAAAACUUCAAGUCAAGGGCAGAUUCAGGGUGUCAUAAGAGUCGUUACGAUCAUGACCCCCGUGUGGGUGAAUCCUCCCCGCUCUUCAGUUAUCAGAAAGGCAUUAGCUCCUAGAAACACUGUUGCAGCCUGGUCAAAUGUCAUUCGAACAUCUCAGACAAAUCCUGGACCACCACUUUACCCCCUUUUUAUAGCUUCCUAAAUCCGAAACUGUGACUUAGGCCCGUAUCGUCAGUCGUUCCCACAAUUGUAGGGUGCCUUUAUGGCCUCCUUGAUUGUCAUAGUUUUCUACUUUUCCGUGUCAGCGCUCUAUUUUGAGGUUAUGUCACAAAUAUCUAUUUGCAUCCAAUUGUGCUUGCUUUUGAGUUGUAUCAUGUUUUAUCAGCCUGAAAUUUCCUAAAAUUUGAAAAGAAAACAUAUCUUCACAAUAGGAGAGCACUGACGCUGACACGAGACAGGUGCAAUCUAGAAAUUUUUGAAGGAGAGAAAGGAGUAUGACAAUCAAGGAGGCCAUAAACGCGCCCUUCAAUUGUAGGGACGACUGACGAUACGGGCCUUAGGUCUCCUUCAUUGUCAUACUCCUUUCUCUCCUUCAAAACUUGUCCCGUGUCAGCGUCAGCGCUCUCCUAUUGUGAAGAUAUGUUUUCUUUUAAAUUGUAGGAAAUUUCAGGCUGAUAAAACAUGAUAUAACUCAAAAGCAAGCACAAUUUGAUGCAAAUAGAUGUUUGUGACAUAACCUCAAAAUAGAGUUCUGACACGGAGAAGUAGAAAACUAUGACAAUCAAGGAGGCCAUAAAGACGCCCUACAAUUGUAGGGACGACUGACGUUACGGGCCUAAGUGCCGCCGGGCGCGCAAAUCUCUGGAGCCAGCCCUGUAAACAUCAGAAGUACUAUAAUCAAACUUUCUAGUUCUCUUUUACUUAAAUUAUAUUCGAAGAGAGCGUGUGGUGUUUGUACUUGUAUAAAUUAAAAUGUUUGAUAGCUUUAAUCAUAUCCUACAAAUGUAAGGUUAAUUAUGUAAUCUUAAAUAGUGUAUUACUCACCGAUAUAGACAUAGUUCAAAUAAUUAUUUUAUUUCCACAAUAAAUAAUUCCAGAAAUAUUAUUUCAUUUACUCCUCAAGGAAAUGCUCUCAGCUUAAUGUUUUAUUCAAAAGGCUGCACCAUCAAAAUGAGAAUACUAAACCUAGGUCUAUGGUUAGGUGAAUGGUUUAUGGUAUUUUACGG